AUGGAGGCUAAGGACUCGAAGAUAAGUAAGAUUACCAAGAAAAGGGGAGAUUGUACCGUUUACAAAGAUAGAUUUACCGAUAUCCAUAAUGUCCGAAUCGCGGAAUGGAGAGACUUCAAUUACCCUUCCUUUGGAAACAUCACAUUCCACGCCAUACCAACUUGCGCAACAGCUGUUUUAAAGCAAUUUGGUGGAGGAUAUAACUCAGAUAAUUUAAUUACAGAUGAAGGGGAGCUUAAUCAAAAUCAGAAGCUUGAGAAGCUUUACAUAUCAACACGGGCCGCUAAGAAUUUUCGAGAUAUUGUGCGUGGAGUUGAAGGUUAUAUUUUUACCGGGUCAAAGCAAGUUGAAAUCGGAACAAAGUUGUCUGAAGAUAGCAGGAAGUAUGGUGGAGAAAAUACAUGCACUAGUGGUAGCACAUUGUCCAAAGCAGCUGCCAGUUUUUCCCGAGCUCGUGCACACAUGGAGAAGGAGCGUGGAAAUUUACUGAAAGCUCUGGGUACACAGGUAGCAGAGCCCUUAAGAGCAAUGGUUAUGGGAGCUCCCUUGGAGGAUGCUCGACAUCUUGCUCAACGCUAUGACAGAAUGCGACAAGAAACUGAAGCUCAGACAAGCAAUUCAAGUUUCCAAACGCCAGGCAAAAGUUAGAGAAGCAUCAGGAAAUCCAGAUAUUGUUAUGAAAUUAGAAGUGUUGCUGAGUCAAAGCUUCAUGACCUGAAAUCUAACAUGGGGAUAUUGGGUAAGGAAGCUGCAUCUGCAAUGGCUGCUGUCAGAGAUUGACUCUUCAACGACUCAUUAUACAGUACAUAUGUCUUAUGGAUGAAAUGUUAGUUUUCCCCCCUUCUUCGUCCAUAAUUUGUAAUAUGAACUUGAUCUCUAGCUAGCUACGUACCUUUGUUGUAAUAAUUUUAUGUUUGUUGUAACAUGUUGGUUGAUCGAUCUAUGACGAAUUUAAUUGCCUUUUAUUGGGAACGUUAA